GCCAUACUUUGACUGUUGAUACCAAAUUACCGAGCCCGCGGCCAGAUGCAACGAGACAAGUGUCCAUUUCCCCAUACAUAUCUCAACGCCGCUCCACCAAGCGGUGGCAAGCGAGAAGCCUGGUGACGAACAAAAAGAAAGGAAAAAACAGCAACGGUGCCGUGUGGCAUGGCGUUUGGCGAGUCGCCUACUACAUGUAAACAGCUUUGCGAGCUCCAACGUGCCUACCCAGCAACGACUAGAGCUAAGGGGGAGGAAGUACGAAGUAGAAUGAAGAAUGAAAUGACCGCUCCUUUCGAGUUGCCAGGAAAGCAUAAAUCGUUGAAGAAUCACCACAUUUGCCGGCCGGGACCAAGCACCAGAAGCUACAGGUUUGCAGGCAGAUCCCCCUCCACCGUGGACCAUGGUGCGCAUCAGCAUCAGAGCUUCCGUCACCCUCGUCUCAUGUAACCCCCCAGGCUGGCUGUCAGGAUCCUGGUCCAAACAUCUCGAGGGCCACUUGCGGUGACAGGCAAGGAAGGCCUGCCAAACCUGAGAAAACUCACGCCUUGAACGGCUUAUGCUCCGAAGCUCUUCUGCAUUGAACAAGCAUUCCCACUCCGUCUUGGGGUCUGAUCUAUCUCUGGUCGCCCUCCACAACGGAGACCCUUCAACGGUCCAUCCAGGAGGCAGAUUGGCAGGCUUCAAAGUUCAACCCCCCGCGGACUAGGACACCAACACCCCCUGAGUCCUCUUGGCCCUAGGCAUCCUAGACGUAGCCCCGCUGCACUCCACCCAAACUCAACUGCAAAAUGAAUCGAAUCAUGGUGCAGCGCGGCGAAGUCUAGUCAGUAUCAGGCAGAUUCAAGCCCGUUGAUGCUCCGAAGUACCCUGCUCUUGGAGUCUCAUUGCACCCACCUUGGGGCAUCAGAAAAGUCACACAUGGGACAGGCCCACCCCAAUUUGUGAGGGCAUUGUCUCUUGGUACCUGCUGGGAUAUGAAUGGUGGAUUUACACUAGAUCGCCCACCCACUGCAUUCGGGAGAUCUGAUAAAUAUCACCAAUCCCUCGCGCACCUCUUGAAGCCAUCCAUUCGCAGGCGUAUCCAACAACUACAACCGGGAAGAGACUAUAGAACCAUAUCGACACAACAAACUUAAUAUCUUAAUCAUAUCACUGUCACUCAGCACCACCACCUCAAGAUCUCCAUAAAAUCAUCUAUCCACAUCAAUCAAUCGACUCGGACUCUCCAGUCAACUACUCACCGCUAUCGACCUUGCCUCCGGGUCAUGAACCUCUCCAGUCUUGUGCACGCGGGUAGACAUCAAGCAGAACAACAACAGUUCCAACCAUAUCCUAAUCGUCCUCAACAAAACAUGUCUUCUUCAUUAGUAGCAAACCAAUACAUGGCUCAGCCAAUGUCGCAGAACCAGACAUACAACUACGUUACAGCACCACAACCUCCUCCAUCGCCACCGGUUGACGAGACUUCAAAAUGCUCUUUGCCUUCUAUCUCAAGCCUUCUUGGCUUGGCUGAUGGUUCUAGUCCUCAGGAGCAAGCACAGCAACCAACUCCACAACCUUCAGGUAAGAAAGGAAACCAACAUGAUUGCUGAAAAACAUCAAGCUCACAUUCUCAGGACCUCCAUCUGUCAAGAGCGACUACCGACCAGGUUCCGCAAAUCAGCAGCAACCACCACCACAACAGCAACAGUAUGGACCGUCCCCAUCUAUGAGUUCUCGCAAUGUGCUUCCACCAACUCCACCAAUGCAACCAGAAACAUUUGACGGUCGUCAAUCUCCAGGUGCCGCGUCGAACUCUAGUUAUUCUGUUGCUUCUGCUCCAGGCUAUUAUUUCAGCCCUCCAGUAUCGGCAAUCAACAAUGUUGAACCACCUCACCCCCAGAGGCAGCAAAUGCCAACUAUGUCUCAUCAACGAAGGGUUUCGAUGCCUGGUCAAUCGAUGGGCUAUUCUCAGCCAGCGUACAGCAACUCUCAAUACAGCAUGUCACCUAGUCAACAGUCAAUGAGCUCUUACUACUCGAGCCCUAUGCAAUCUGCAGCACAGCAACCACAGAUCUCUGGUCUCUAUUACCAACGGCCCCUUCCUCAGGUAUGUACCGUUGCCAAUCAUUUAUUGGGAACCUCAACUAACAUCUCAUAGCAAUUCCCACCAUCUUUGAUGCCGGUGUCUGUGACGCUCACUCCAUCUUCAGGAAACAAUCCAUGGCAACACCAUCACUACAUCUCGCCAUCCUCCGUUGCAUCCUUCCCCCAAUCUCAGGAUCGAUACAUUUGUCAGACUUGCAACAAGGCUUUCUCUCGCCCAUCCAGUCUUAGAAUCCACUCUCACUCGCACACCGGAGAGAAGCCAUUUAAGUGCCCCCACCAAGGAUGCGGAAAGGCCUUCAGUGUUCGAAGUAACAUGAAACGACACGAACGUGGCUGCCACAGCUUCGAAGGCGGUGUUCCGAUAGUUUAAGAGUGCAGAGUUAAGGACCUGGACCGACAUCCUAACCUUCUAAUGUAAAAAAGACAACCGUCUCUUCGGGUUUACAUAUUGCGUUCCUUGUGGCAAGACUGGUCACUUCUAUAUACUCACUAUUUCCUUUUUCGAUUUCUACGUUCCAGGAUUAAUUUCCUCUCGUUCUCGUUACAAUCAUUGGGUGGGCGUUUGGUGGAUAAUUUAUAAAACCCCUGGAUGGCAUUUGCAUCGGCGUUUCAUGGUGGACUCUUUGAAUUCCUCGUGGCUAUUUUGAGCCCGAGAUGAAUUGGCUUGGAUGGGGGGCCAGGGGACAUGAUCUAUCUUGAUACGAUGGCAUAGAAUCACAAGAUGCCUGAAUGACGGGAUCAUGAUUUAGGGGGGAUGCCACAACAUUCGUUUCAUGUGGGGUGUGGAGAAUAGGAUAGGGUGGGGGUUAUGUGUCUGCGCGUACGACUCUUCUGCAUCGAAGAGUGAUUUGACAGGAAAAGCUGUAUCAAAUGUAAAAAUUAAUAACCUCGAUUAAACAAUCAAAAAUCAUCUACAUCAAAAUCAUAUGACUUGACUUGUUUGGACGACCUUUUCCUAGCGCAACAUUUUGAGACUAUGGCGG